GCACCAGGUGAAAGCAAUGACCUCGAUGGUGACCUGUGCGGGAAUAAAAGCAUCAUCAGCGCAGCGUGCACACGUUGAGUCACGAUGGCUCUCUUUUGGCAAAGUGCUUUCCUCCUCAGCCUCGCUGUCGCCGCUUCAGUGCAUGCAGAAAUGAAGCUGGACUGCAGGCCAGGUUUUGUGUCGCUGGUGUGGACCGAAAGCAGAUCCCGCGCUGACCCCUCGCUUUUCCGUUUGGGGGGCUGCGCUCCUACCAGCACGACGGCCCGCUCGGCGACUUUCAAUGUGGAGUUCACCGACUGCAACUUCAGGUCGAUGGUGACUGGGAGCCAGCUGCUGUACACCAGUGAGUUGACCUAUUCUUCUGAUUCCAAAGGACAAACCCUUAUCCAGCCGGUGGUUUGCAUCUUCAACAGGCCGAAGGACUAUUUCCCGAUCACUUAUGACCCCGUGUUUGAAACCUCUGGCCAGUCGGAUCUCAUCUUCCAUAUGGCGCUUAUGAAUGAUGACUUCUCAGGCCCAGCAGAAUCCACUCAUUUCGCUCUUGGGUCCUUCAUCCCGAUCAUGGCUCGUGUCGAGCAAAACAGCCACCAGCCGUUGCUGCUGCUGAUGGAGGAAUGUGUCGCUGCGACGACUCCUCAGCUGCACCCUGACAGCAAUUUAUACAACAUUAUCACCAAUAAGGGAUGCCUCACGGACAGCAAGAGAUCUCGCUCCAGGUUUGAACCGAGGGAAAUGUCUUCCGAAAUCCACCUGUCCCUGCAAGCGUUUAGGUUUGCGCUUGGAGAAGAGGUGUUCAUCCACUGCAAACUGGUGGCUUGGGAUCCUGAAGGCCUUGAUGCCACAAAGAAGGCGUGCCGCUUUGUCAAAGGACAUGGUUGGAAGCUGCUAGACAACCCAGCCUUCAGCAACCUGUGUGACUGCUGUGAUUCCAGUUGCAAGUCCAGGUGGACUAGGAGUACACACUCAGGACAUCAUGGAAUGGCCCAAAAUGUAGUCCUUGGUCCCUUGACGAUCACUGAAGUAAGCAUCAACUUAACAGAUUGAUGUGUAGGUCUGCCAUAACUUUUUUUUUUUACAACAGGAGUAGAUGGUAUGGACUGGAUACGCCCAAAAUGUUUUGGUUUCACAAGUUGUCUACAGCUUUGAAU